UUUUUUAUUUUUUUGUUGCAGCUUGUAAAGUAUAAUUUUUUCUAAUGACAGUUAGUUAUUUAGGUUUUAUAUCGCAUAAUUACUGGUUUUCAGCCUUGGGCGGUAGUGUGGGUGGCGGCGGCAGUACCCAAUGGUGAUGUGAAAGAAGAUGGGGGAGGGAAAGUGAAAAAGGAAGGGAAAAAAAUGAGAAAAGAGAUGGAAAGUUACAAAUACAGUAUUUUAUACGUAUUUAGGGCGUUAGUAGGAAAUUCUGGGGCCUCAUUUAGCAAACCAAUUUUUUUUUUUUGGAACGACCGUGAUCUAUCACGUAAAGCGACACACAAGUCCGCGCAAUCAUUUGAAAUUCCUUCCAGUGAUCCAGUCUCCUCUUCUAAGUUCUAACUUCUCUCCUCUCCUCUCCUCUCCUCUCACGACCAAGAAAUCGCGCCCUUUUCAACUCAUAUCCGCCAUUCCUACCACCACUCCCUCACCUCUGUUGCCACAUUUUAAUCACUGCCAAAACCCUAAUCUGCGAUAUUUUCAAUCGCUUCACCAUUUCAUCGGAUCAUCGCAUAUCUAAUCUUGGGUGAGGAAACAUGGAAACUGCAGAUUCCUCAUCACCUGCACAGGAGAAAAAUUCAGAUGUUAAACCGUCUACGCCUGCUCCUGCUCCUGCUCCAGGCGCCAGUGGACAAGGCAAUUCUGCAGAUCUCUCAUCAUCAGUGGCAGCAUCUGCCUCUGGUAUGAACCCUGAUGCCAAAAACCUUAAAACACCUCAGGCUUCAGAGUCAGGAGAAUCACAUACUGGAAGUGGUGCAAGGUCAACCUUUGCACGUUUCACAAGUGGGCUUGGAUUGCGUUUAUCUGCAUCAACUCCUGUAGCUGACAGAGACUCUGCAACAGAUACAUCAGCUGGUCGAACUGGUGUUUUUGAUUCAUUAACAAAAGGGUUAGUUGACUCAUCUCGCAGUGCAGUAAAGGCUGUGCAGGUUAAAGCGCGUCAUAUGGUCUCGCAAAAUAAGCGGAGGUACCAGGAAGGAGGAUUUGAUUUGGAUUUGACGUACAUCACGGAAAAUAUUCUUGCUAUGGGAUUUCCUGCUGGUGACAUCAGUUCUGGAAUUUUUGGAUAUGUCGAGGGGUUCUACAGAAACCAUAUGGAAGAGGUGAUUAGGUUUUUCGAGACUCGCCACCAGGGCAAAUACAAAGUGUAUAAUCUUUGUUCAGAGAGGCUGUAUGAUGCAUCACUCUUCCAGGGAAAGGCUGCAUCAUUUCCAUUUGAUGACCAUAAUUGUCCACCUAUUCACCUUCUUCUAUCAUUUUGUCAAAGUGCGUAUGCAUGGUUGAAGGCGGAUGUCGAUAAUAUAGUUGUAGUUCACUGUAAAGCUGGCUUAGGGAGAACAGGGCUAAUGAUUUCUAGUCUUCUUCUAUAUCUAAAGUUUUGCCCAACAGCUGAGGAAUCCAUCAACUUGUUCAAUCAGAAAAGAUGUGUAGAUGGGAAGGGUCUUGUACUUCCAAGUCAAAUUAGAUAUGUCAAGUAUUUUGAACGCGUUCUGAAGGAUUAUCAUGGGGACAAUCCUCCUGCACGUAGGUGUAUGCUCAGGGGAUUUCGACUCCACAAGUGCCCUUAUUGGAUUAGGCCAUCAAUUACCAUUUCUGACCAAAAUGGGAUUCUUUUUACCACAGAAAAACAUCCAAAGACCAAGAAUCUGCUGCCAGAAGAUUUUUGGAUGAACACUUCAAGAAAGGGGAUAGUGGUGUUUGCUUUACCAGGAGAGCGUGGUCUGACAGAGUUGGCAGGCGAUUUUAAAAUUCACUUUCAAGACCGCCAUGGGGAUUUCUACUGUUGGUUCAAUACAACAAUGACAGAAAACAGGAUAAUCAUGAAUAGUGAUGACCUUGAUGGGUUUGACAAGAGAAAGCUUCCAUCACCUACGUUCCAGGUGGAGAUAGUGAUGAUAGAUUACGAUGGUACGCUUCCAAAAAUGUCAAACACCAAGCAGUUAAAUACAAGGCCUAUUGCAAGCUCAGAACACACUUCAUCUGGCAACAAUGGUGAUGCUGUCACGCCAAAAACAAAGGAAUCAUCUGAAAAAGACAAGGAUGAUGUAUUCUCUGACAGUGAUGGGGAAGGCGGAUCUAGAAGUAACCAGGCUCAAGCACCUGUAGUUGGAUCUAGUAGCAAUAAUAAAAUUUCCUUGAUGACACAGAAAACUCAGCAGAUGUCUGUCAACAGCACAAAAUCAACUCAUAAGAGAAUCGAUAACCCCGUUAAUGAUGGAGUUGGUAUAUCUGGAUCAAGUGUUGAGACACCAAAGCUGGGGUCAUCGACGGCUACUGAUUUUAAAGCCAUUGCAGCUGACGCUUCUGUUUUCAGUUUUGGGGAUGAAGAAGACUUUGAUAGUGAAUAAAACAGAAAGAACACACAGGUUUGUUUUAGCUGUGCCAUUGACCAUCGAGAUCCUUUGUAAUCUUGAUUCAGUUCAGCAUUUAUAGUGGCAGCUAUUUUGUGAUUUAAUUGGUGUAAAAACAUUUUGUCUUAUAUUGGCUGAUCAUGUAAUCUACUAUUUUUCUUAAUUAAUUGGAUUAAUUCUUUGAAAACAAAGUUCUUCCA